AUGUUUUUACUCCAUACUACCGAGUUCAAGUUGCAUGAAUUUAUUGGAAGCGACAUCCCCAAAUAUGCAAUACUCUCACAUACAUGGGGAGAUGACGAGGUUCUGUACAGGGACAUAUGGAAGUCACAGCUUCCAUUCAAUGAGUCGGCUGGUGUCAAGAAGAUUCGCGGUGCUUGCGCGCAGGCACAGCGGGACGAUUGGCAAUACAUCUGGAUCGAUACAUGUUGUAUCAACAAAGAGAGCAGCGCAGAACUCUCAGAGGCCAUCAACUCAAUGUAUGCAUGGUACAAGGCCGCGGAGGUUUGCUAUGUCUACUUAGCCGAUGUACCAACGGUGGAAUUCGCAGACAGCCGAUGGUUCACCCGGGGUUGGACUUUGCAGGAGCUCCUUGCCCCAAGUCGGUUGAAUUUUUAUGCCUCUGAUUGGAGCUUUAUAGGCUCACCAGGAUCUUCAUCAGUGUAUGAGAAUAAUUCCAUGACGCAGAUCUCUGUGGCUACUGGCAUUUCGGGUUUCCUACUAGCAAGUCAUCAAAAGGCAAGUAUCGCCCAGAAGAUGUCGUGGAUGGCAAACAGAGAGACCAAGAGGGGCGAAGAUAUGGUCUAUUGCUUGCUGGGUCUCUUUGGUGUCAACAUGCCCCUACUCUACGGCGAAGGAGAGAAGAAAGCCUUCCAGAGAUUGCAAUUAGAGAUCAUUAAUAAAUUAUCGACUGAUCAAUCCAUAUUUGCUUGGACAAACCCAAACAUCUGGAGUAGUGGAUUACUAGCUCAAUCUCUUCGUGAUUUUGCAGGCUCAUCAUCCAUCCGCAACGUUAGUUUCCAGCUCCAACCAAUCUCUUCAACCAAUCUAGGCCUCGAGACAGAAAUCCCUAUCGACCAGUCCCUCCGCAAAUUCAAAGUGCCUCACGAUCGUCAGGGUCAUUUCGAAGUACCCUUAAAUUGUAUGGACUCUAGAUUUCAGCCUGUUUACUUGCGAUUCAAGUUCGUUCCUCAUGUUGAUCUUCACCUUGAACAAUCGUCAAUUAAGGUACAAAGGGUGGAAUUGGAAAGCCAUCAUUGCAGGCAUAUCAAUCUCGAAGACAACAAUAAUUCGAAAAGUCAGCGGGUCUGUUUCAUUAACAAUCAAGCUGCUAAACCCCUCUGGUAUGAAACCUCGCACUUUACGACCUGCUGGUACUUACCUCGUACAACGACACUCAACCCUAGCCCUCCAACUGUAUUUCUCAAGCUUGGCAAACAUACCUCUCGACUGUUGACUGUCACAGAAGACAUGAGCCAUCUGCGGCAACGGUGGAGAGACAUUUCCUGGAAUCCUGAAGGAAAGCAAGUCUGUGGUCUCAUCAUCAGCCAAAAGCGGGACCAGACACCCUUCUUGUACGACCCCGUCGGAGAUCUGUGGAAUCCGAUGCUUCUUUCCUGGCGACUUGAUCCGCAAGGUAGGGAGCUCCUGGAAAUAUGCAAAAUGCCAAAUCAUUCUCAAGAUAUUCUCAACAAUGAUCGACUUGCUCGGAAAGAUUUCUAUUGGCCUUUGGACCGGUCUCUGUCAGCCGUCUUUCGGAAGGAUUUUCUUCGAGGUAAGGACUAUUACAAAAAGUUUUUGAGACCUGGCGAGACAUUUUCGCAAGACUAUCCAAGAUCCAAUUGGGGUUCUGCCAGAGAUACAAUAUGGAUCCAGUUCCUGGAAUCUAGUCGUGAUGCUGAUUGCCAUCAAUGGACAAUAGUGAUUGACAUCAAGGCUUCAGAUAGUCCGUCACUAGAUAGACUGGUUGAUUUCGACCAUCUGUGA